AUGACGCGAAACAUGGCUGCUACUUCUCUGCGCAAUAUCAUCGUCGUUGGAGGCUCGUUUGUGGGGCGGUCGACAGCUCAGGAACUUGCAAAAAUUAUUCCACCAACUCAUAGGCCUCGUUUUGCUAUCGUUCCUGGCCAAGAACACAAAGCAUUCAUCCCAUACAGCGGACUCUUCGCAAAUGCAACAAACCCAGCUGCUCAUACCGUGGUUCAAGCGCGUGUCACAUCCAUCCGGCCAGGGUAUGUAGAGCUUGAUCGCGAGUGGCAAGGCUCAAACCGAAUUCCAUUCGAUUAUGUUAUCGUUGCGACAGGGACUCGGCUCUCAAAGCCUGCUGCAAUGGAACACGACGACAAGCUAUCAUCCGUCGAGUACCUACAAAAGCAUCAAUCUGAUGUCAAGCGAUCAAAAUCCAUUCUGAUCGUGGGAGGUGGUGCAGUGGGCGUACAAAUGGCCACUGACCUUAAAGAGUAUUACCCAGACAAGGAGGUGACGGUCGUCCAGUCACGGCCUCGUGUUAUGCCGAGCUUCCACCCUCGACUGCAUGAGAUCAUUCAGAAGCGUUUCGACGAGUUGGCAGUUCGACUCAUCACGGGGUCUCGCGUGAAGAUUCCCCCUGGUGGCUUCCCCAAUGAUGGAACCACUUUCGACGUGCAGCUGACGAACGGCACGACGGAAUCUACCGACUUCGUCAUUCUGGCGACGGGGCAAACACCCAACAACAAGUUGGUCGCAGAUUUGGAACCAUCCACACCUGAAGGUCUCUCCGUGAUCAACCCAGAUAAUGGGUUCAUUCGGGUUCGACCGACAAUGCAGUUCCUCGAUGAGAAGUACUCGAACAUGUUCGCUGUUGGAGAUAUUGCCGACACCGGGGCGCAGAAGGCAGCGCGACCCGGCGCAGCCCAAGCUGCUGUGGUGGCAAAGAAUAUUCAGACAUUGAUUGAGGGAAAGCAACCCGAAGAGAAAUUUAUCAAGGGUCCUGGGGCUAUCCACAUUACCCUGGGCAUGAAAUACAACGUGAUUUUCCGCAACCCGAAUACCGCAGAGGGUCAAACUGAGCCUUGGAUCAAUGAGAAGAAUGGUGGCCAAGAGGACAUGAAUGUGGAGGCCAUGUGGCAACGAAUGGGAAUUUAUGUCAACAACCCGCGUCAAUAUCACCUCUGA